AUGGGAAAUGAAAAGGCGAAAAUACGCUGUAAGCUAACGAUAUACAAUUUGGAAAGAGGCUUAAAUUUUGGAGGUCAUUUGCGCCGAAAUAUGCUUCAAACAACAACAACAACAACAACAACAAGAAUAUUCAAAGUAGCAACAACAAGAAACAUAUCAACAGCGAGAUUUCACGGCAACCUAUUUUCAUUACCAGCACAAACAACAAGAACAACAAGAACAACGAGAGCUGUUGCAACAACAGCAACAGCAACAGCUACGACAACGACGUGCAUUGAUAUCUACAUGUACAAAUAUUCGGAAUACAAGGCCAAUAAACAGAAUCAGGCUACGAAUACGGAUGCACGAACACGUAGCAUAACACAAACGACGGCGUAUAUAAACCGCAGAGGUAAAUGCACUCGUACAACAUUGCAUGCAAGUCUUCAAAAGGAUGUGAUGCAGUGUAUGAAAACAACAACAACAACAACAAAAGCAACAAACAAAUUCAGAAUAAGCCAACACACUGAAUCUGAUGACGUUGACGAUGGCGAUGGCAACAGCGAUGGCGAUGGCAAUGGCGAUGUUGAUGUCGAUGGUGACAACAACAACAACAGCAAUAACAAUAACGAAAUACCGACAACAACUGUAAACGACGACAUUACGACGAUUGUAUUCGCGUAUGUGUUCGAAAUGCAAUGGCAGUGA